AUGAAAACUCACUUUGGACGUUUGGGCCCUGUGAAGGGAAGUCAGCCUGCUGGAAGCUUACGGGUGAUUGCAAAACACUCUGUGUGUUCUUUCCUCAGCGUUUCGCCACCUGUGGAAGAUCCUGACCAGACUCCAGCAAAAAAGCAAAAAAAAGAUUGCGCCAUCCCUGAGUGUAAAGAGAAAGUUGAAGAAGUUUCUGCUGCAGUGACAUUGCCAGCCAAGGCAAGAAGUGAAUGCCAGAAGGCUGCAGUCAGCAAUGCCGCUCCAAUCAGAAAGUCUGCAAAAGAGACUCCAUGUACCACUUCUGUCCGUUCAUCUAAAAGACCAGCAGCUUCUGCGCUAGAUAUAGAAAUGAUAAAAAUUGAUAAAAUGCCUUGUGAAACCAAUAGUUGCUUGGCUAAGGAAACACUAUCCCUUUCUCACAAGACAAUUCCAUGUCUGAGCACAUGCAGGAAUGUCAAACAGUGCAUCAGACCUGCUCCAGACAGCUUCUUAACACUGAGGCCGCCCAUUAAGGAGUGCACUGUGCCAGAAUCCUUUACUUCAGAAGUCAACAGAAUGGGGAAACUUCUCUGUACUGCUGAAGAGGAUGUUCAGCGAGGAGAAAAGGAGAAAUACAGACAGCUCUUGAAGCUGAUGAAGGAAAAAUACUUUAGAAGCCGCCCUAAUCCACAGCCGACAAGCCUUCUCAAUGUUCAAGCCUACUCCAAGGCACCAGCGAUGACUGAGGGUCACCUGGAAGAACAGAAAUAUGGAAGAGAUGUUUAUCCACGUACAAUACCAAGGACCAGUAUCAAAUGUGCAGAUGUUUGCAGCCCACAGCCGUCUCAGAGAACUGAUGUGAUCAGAUACUGCACAGCAACAGGAAACUCUCAUGAACAGGGAAGACCAAUGUUCCAAGCCAUUUCAGGGAAACAAUAUGGAGCUGAAAUCUCAGAAGGGGUGUUAUCCCAGUUACAUCUGCCACCUGUUCUGUCGAGAAAAUCACCUGCCUUUGGUGCGGAAGAAGAGAAAUUCCCAAGCUCAGAAAAAGCAGUAGAACACUUUGCUCCACUCACAGAGGCCAUGGAGAGAGAGGUCAUUGCCGCAUUUGACAGCGGUGAGCCAGAUGAGAUCAUGAGCAGUGCCUUCAAACUAAAGGUCACUCGUGAGGACAUCCACACACUGAGGAACCUUUGCUGGCUAAAUGAUGAGGUCAUUAAUUUCUACAUGAAUCUUCUGAUGGAAAGAAAUAAGAAGGAAGGAUAUCCAGCAGUCCAUGCUUUUAGUACUUUCUUUUAUCCCAAACUAAUUUCUGGGGGCUACAGAGCAGUAACAAGAUGGACCAAAGAUGUGGAUCUCUUCAAGCAGGACCUCAUCUUGGUGCCCAUUCAUUUGAGAGUGCACUGGACACUAGUGGUCAUAGAUGUCCGAAAGAAGACUAUCAAAUACUUUGACUCAAUGGGACAAAAACAGGACAAGAUCUGUAAAACUUUGUUCCAAUACCUGCAAGAAGAAAGCCGGGCAAAAAGAAACUUGGAGCUGACUUCUUCAGAGUGGACUCUUUACAGCAUGGAGUCACAUGAAAUCCCUCAGCAAUCGAAUGGAAGCGACUGCGGGGUUUUUAUGUGCAAAUUCGCAGAUUUUAUCUCCAGAGACAAACCGAUAACCUUUACAGAGAAACACAUGCCUGACUUCCGCAGGAGGAUGGUGUGGGAAAUAAUCCAUCAGCAGCUACUGUGA